AUGGUCACCUGCAUGGCCUUGUCUCUGGGCUAUCUCUUCCAAGAGGCGGGGGCAAUGCUAAGUUCUGAGGACAAGACCUGUUUUGCUCUACAGUACUACCUGGAACACUUCACGUCUCUGCUUGGUCGUGAAGUCGACCACGUCUGCCUCUCCAACAUCCGCGCAUUCCUUCUUCGAGGAUAUCUUGCAACCUUUCAAGGAAAAAUUGAGUCGGCAACCAUUUUUACUGGCAUUGCGUGUGGCAUGGCUAAAAGGAUCGGUCUCCACGUGCGAACCUCGAGACUGCAUUUGGAUGAUCGGUUGGCCAUGGGAACGGAAGGGGAACGAGCACGGCGAGCACUAUUCCAUGCUUGCCUUUGGAUGGAUAGACGUCUGGCAAUACUCGAGGGGCGAGCAACAUUCAUUACAAGAAUCGAUAUCUCGGAAACAAGCCUAUUGGAGGACUUGAAGAACGAUCCAGGGAUCCCCUUCAUGGAGAGAGAGCUUUCUCUAGAAUUGGUCUACUCCUUUUCGAAUCCUUUAUCAAAAGAUGAUGCCAUAUCCAAGGGACACGUAACCUUUAUGACUUGGUUUAACUCCCUGCCUCAAUCGAUGCGCCAAGUAUCCAAAGGCCAGGACUUUCAUCCGAGUUUCCUCUCUUUCCACCUUUGUUUCCACAGCGGACUGAUCCAACUCCACCGGCCGUCACUCAAGGCUGGCGGCACCGCGGCGAGUACAUCGCAUUACUACUGCCGAGAGUCGGCAAAAUCCAUAUCGUCGCUGUUGAAGAAAUACAGGCAGCAUUUCGAUAACAGAGUGAUGGACUUCAUGGUCAUUCACUCGGCUUUCACUGGUGCACUGGUUCAUCUCGUCCUUCUCGAGCAUCCCCACCUUGCAAGCUACCAUAGCUCCAUCCGUGGCUUCAAGAUCAUCAUUGACACAUUAAGGUGGAUCAUGCCGUGGUCGGGAUACGCUCGAAAGGUCCAUGACAACAUCAAGAAGAUUGCCUUUGCAUGGGGCAUCUCUCCCGUGAACUCAGCCACAUUCUGGGCAGCUAGCAUGGGCGACUGA